ACUGAACUUUUCAACUCCGAGUCAAUUGAAUCAAACACUUUGAGAAAUGAUUCAGUGAAUCACGACUCGUGCUGCUCAAACAGUGAACAUGAACGAGAACAACAAACACUAACAAACUAACUAAACAUGUUUUCAUCAGUCAUAAAUGCCUAAAUAUGAAGUUUAUUCAUUUGCAGCGUUAGUUUUUAGAGAUUUUGUCUAACCAGGUCAUUUAAGACCAUUAACUCUGUUAAUUAUUCUCUUAAAGAUGGCGUUUAAAACAGAGGAGAAGAGUGAAGAUAUAAAGAUGGAGUUUAUUAAAGAUGAGACCGAAGACAUGAAGAUGGAGAUUAAAAAAGAGGAGGAGAGUGAAGAUAUAAAGAUGGUGUUUAUUAAAGAGGAGGAGAGUGAAGACAUAAAGAUUGAGUUUAUUAAGGAUGAGACUGAAGACAUGAAGAUUGAUGAAACAUUCAGAGUGAAACAUGAAGAUAUUGAGGAACAAACAGACCUGAUGGCACUGAGAGAGGCGAGUCAUGAACUUAAUGAAAGGGAAGAAGAGAAAGAACAUUAUAAUUUAAUGAGUGAAGAAAAAUCAACAAAGUUUUCCUUACAAAAAGGAGCUCAAAAGACAGGAACUAAAAGUUAUUUCACCUGCCAACAGUGUGGAAAGAGUUUCAGUCAAAAAGGAAACCUUAAGGACCACAUGAUGAUUCACACUGGAGAAAAGCCUUACACCUGCACUCUGUGCGGGAAUGGCUUCAAACGGGAGCAAAGCCUCAGGCAACACAUGAUAAUUCACUCUGGAGAGAGCCCAUUCACCUGCCAACUGUGUGGAAAGAGUUUCAUUAGAAAUGUAAACCUUAUAGUCCACAUGAGAAUUCACACUGGAGAGAAACCUUUCACCUGCCAACAGUGUGGAAAGAGUUUCAGUCAAAAAGGAAACCUUAAAGGCCAUAUGACAACUCACACUGGAGAAAAGCCUCAAGCUUUGAUUCAUUAUUUUCUAAUAUCAAAAUAAAAUUGAACAGCUCAAUAUUGCAAUAAAUCGAGGUUGACACAACAGUUUACAAAGCUUACGCUACUAUUACAAACUCAAAAUUCCUAUUUUUUGCAUCAUUUACAGUUGAUCAAAUCUAUCAAACCGAGAAACCAGAAUGAGCUUUUAUCAUUUACAUAACUUGUAUCUCUUUUUAACUUUAAAAGUUGUCACCUUUUAUAGCGUUUUGUGUCUGCUGAUACUGAAAUGAAUAUGGAACCUGCUUACUUUAUUUGUUUUUGACUUGGUUAAAUAUUCACAUCCUUCAUGGUAUCGU